CCGGUCUCGCGCCAGGGGCCUUGUAGCCAUUUUAGGAGGAAACCCGGAUCGCUAGCCCCGGGCGCGGCUUCAAUUUCAAUAACUUUAUUGGUGGCCUUACCCGCAGAACAGCCAUCGCACUAGUGGCUAGGGGAGGAGGGAGAGCAUCGCGGGAGGUGGCCCCCGACUGGAGCUGCGGCCAUGGGAAACACCACCAGCGACCGGGUGGCUGGCGAGCGCCACGGCGCCAAGUCUUCACGCGCCGAAGGCGCCGGCGGCCAUGCGCCGGGCAAGGAACAUAAGAUCAUGGUGGGGAGUACGGACGACCCUAGCGUCUUCAGUUUGCCAGACUCCAAGCUCCCUGGGGACAAAGAGUUUGUAUCAUGGCAGCAGGAUUUGGAGGACUCCGUAAAGCCCACACAGCAGGCCCGGCCCACUGUUAUCCGCUGGUCUGAAGGAGGCAAGGAGGUCUUCAUCUCUGGGUCCUUCAACAAUUGGAGCACCAAGAUUCCACUGAUUAAGAGCCAUAAUGACUUUGUUGCCAUCUUAGACCUCCCUGAGGGAGAGCACCAGUACAAGUUCUUUGUGGAUGGACAGUGGGUUCAUGAUCCGUCAGAGCCUGUGGUUACCAGUCAGCUUGGCACGAUUAACAAUUUGAUCCAUGUCAAGAAAUCUGACUUUGAGGUGUUUGAUGCUUUAAAGCUAGAUUCAAUGGAAAGCUCGGAGACAUCUUGUCGAGACCUUUCCAGCUCUCCCCCUGGGCCUUAUGGUCAAGAAAUGUAUGUGUUUCGAUCUGAGGAGAGAUUCAAAUCCCCACCCAUCCUACCUCCUCACCUUCUUCAAGUUAUUCUUAACAAGGACACUAAUAUUUCUUGUGACCCAGCCUUGCUUCCUGAGCCCAAUCAUGUUAUGCUGAACCAUCUCUAUGCAUUAUCCAUUAAGGACAGUGUGAUGGUCCUUAGCGCAACCCAUCGCUACAAGAAGAAGUAUGUCACUACUCUGCUGUAUAAGCCCAUCUGAAGGGAUCCCUUCCUGCCUCCCAGGAUUUAAGAGAAGUAUCUCCCUUGCCUUUCUGGACUGGACCAGUCUUAACCUAAGACUGGAAGGCUAAUUUGCUUUGAGGCUGAUAUGUGUGCUUCAGAGUCUUUGAGUAGGAUGCUCUGCUUUUGCAUUUGAUUGCAGAUGGGAGCUUUAUGAGUUCAUGGAAUUUACUUUAAGAAAAAAAAUUGUAUAUAUGUGUGUGUGUAUGUGUGUGUGCAUACACACACAUACACACACACAUACACAUAUACACAUAUAUGAGAGAAAGGUUAAUGGAAGCCUCCUAGCUAGAUGUGUUCUCUGCUUGUGGGGCCUCACCAAGACCAGUUUGAGGGAGCUGCAGGAAGAACCAUUACAGGAAGCUUUUUUCCUAAAAUGGAUGAAGAGCCAACUCUCAGGAUCCUUAUUGGGUAGAGAUUCUACCACUGCUACAUUGGCUCUCCAAGGGAUGGGCUUGUGCCAGACUUCUGCCCUACUUACAGUUGCCUCCCUGCAGGGGCAGCUUUUCUUGCAUGGGUUCUCUGUAUUCCUAGAGUAUGUGGCACAGUCUGUGCUUUUUAUGACACCAGAUGCCCCACAAGAACCCUUUCUCUUCUCAUUUCACAUUCUUGCUUUGAUAACCUCCUUCAGUUCCUAUACCUGACCCAUCCCUAACACAAAACUCACUGGCAAGUGACCCUUUCAAAGGCUAUGUGGGACCUGACCCACUAACAAAGACGGGGGCUGCCAGAAAGUCUCCUUUUCAGCCCAGCACAGGCCCAGGCCACUUUGUUACCACUAGUUUUCACUUCUACUAAAGAAAAUAGGUCUCAGCAUUAUAAGAAGGGCAGAGUGCAGAAGGUCUACUUUCUCGUUUGUGUUUAGUGCCACAGCUUAGGCUGUCUCGGCAUAUUCCCAUAGGUUUUCCCAGCUGGCCUGGCCCUGCUUCCGUAUUUUCUUUUGCAGAGCAGACAGCUUUGAAGGUAGGAGUGGAACCAGGGAAAACUUUAAUGUCCUUCUUCUUUGGGAGACUUUUAUGUGCCUACAUUAUUCUUUAAUUAAAAAAUGCUUUUUCAUUGUUCUUAAGAGACUGAAUAGGAAAAUUUUAAGCUCUUGAUAAAUGGUUCCCAAGAUUUUCUUCAACAAGUAUUCUAGCCCUCUAUGGUCUUAUAUUAAUGUGGCCAACCCUGUGCACAUCACUACACUAAAUACUGUUCUAGAAACAAAUUCAGGUUCAUUGGGUGCGCCUAAAAAGUUCCUUCAACUUAAAGACUCAGUAAGCCAAGAAGCAAGAAAAUAUCCCUGGGGUUCCUAACCAUGAAUAGUAUUGCUUCCCUGCACCAUGUACAAACAGGACCGUUUUGUUUCUCUCUUUUUUAAAAGUGUUCAGUGAAGAAGUGGGGUCAAUGAUUCUCAUUUGUGGGAAUGAAAAGGAGCUAUCCAAUCCACUCGUGGGGUUCAGAGAUAAAACAUAUUUUUCCAAGUAUCUGUGGCUCUUCCAUUAAGGAUAAAUGCAAGUCAAAACAUUCAACACUGAAGGAGGCCAAACUUGAUGCUUGAGAGACGCCUUGACUGUCAGGAUGUGCCCAGCCACACUGAAAGGGCACCCAUAGGUCAGUUUAGCUACCUCCUGUCUUUCCUGUUCAAAGCUGAUGACACAGUUGUCUUUGGGUAUGUAGACCUCAGAUCCUGGGAGUGAGGCAGUAGGGCAUUGGGGUGGUUUUGCUGGGAAUGCAAAUUGCUAAGUGCUUUGGUGGUUACUUGCUGAGAGUGAAUACUGCUUUAGCCACUCAAGGCCCCCUUCUGCAGCAAAAAGCUUUUGUGGGAAACCUUUUAUGGUCCCAACCACUUUCUGAGUGGUGUGUCACUUAAAAAAUCCAGGCCAAAUCCUAUUAUAACCAACUCUCAGGCUCUACAUUGUCUUCAGUUAUACUGUUGUUUUUUCCAGUACCCAUUAAAUAAGUGGGCCACAUAGGAGGAUUCAAAUUCUUGUUUGUUAUUGGAGGAUUUUGUUACACUACUAUUUCUUAUCAACAGUACUGAAGUGUAAUUACCUAUAUGUUUGUGUAUUAAAAAUUUUACACAGAUGUAUCAGUAGAGUGGGGCAAGAAAAGAGAUUCCUUCAGUUUCUCAGGCCAGUGGCCUCUGUGGACUAGCUUUGGCUCCAGUGACACUAAGUUUGGUGCUGGUGGCCUUCAGAUCUUCCUAAUCUGGGUGUGUGCAGAAAGUGUCCGUUUCCUACGUUCUUAGGUAAUCCCAGCCAAAUGUGAACUGAGAGCGGACCGGCUGGUAUGGAAAAGGACAGGCACGGGGAACUGGGUGAUAGCUCCUUCCGCACCGCUCCUUCUCUGCGCUGCUAAUACACCCCAUGGCCCUGAGAAGCCUAUCACACACAAGCUAUCCCCAAGAAGCUGUUCUAGAAGGGAGAGAGGGAAAGAGGAAGGUAGCCCAGCGUACAGCCCACUCAUUCUUUUAUGCUGGUUAAAGGGAUAGUUAUUUUCUGUAGAAGAGCUUGGCAGAUUUUGAAAAUGAAUAAAGGCAGAAAAAAAAAAACCCACUUUUAGCUUUUAAAAAAACAUGGCUGUUUUUGUUUGUUGUUUUUUGGGGGCUUUUUUUUUUCGCUUCUAGGAGUUUCACAGAGUCAAAGUUAGAAAAGUUAGAAAAUCACUCUUUAGGAGUGCUAACCCUUCAAGAACUGCAUCAUGGUUUGGGGGUUGUGGGGAAAGGGAAGAGUGGCUGAGCUGAGGAGGAUACAAAUUAAAGGCUUAAGUAACUCAGAACUAAAAAUAGCCUUUUUGUUGUGGUUGUUAAUUAAAUGAGACAUAAUAUACUGGUAUCCUUUGGAUCUCAACGUACAGAACCUACUCUAUAAAACAUCCCUUUGUCUCUUGUUCCUUUUCUCUAUCCUUUCUUUUAUAUUCUACUUUACCUUCAUUUGUCAAGCUGACAUUACCAGAGCCUCGGGUCAAAUAUUACCUAAAACAAAUAUUAGUCAUCUUGCUGGUCUGGUCAUGGUGAUUAGCUUGCAUUAAGCUUUCGGUCACUGUAGGUAAAACCCCCUAUGAGCAUACCUGGCCUCAAGUGUGUUGGCUUUUUUUUUUUUUUUAAACAAUGCUAAUAUGGUAGAGAAACCCUGUAAAAGAAGAGUCCAAGAGAAGAUUCUGAGGGGAUCAUACAAACCCAGGCCUCCAAUUAUUUCUUGUCUCUUAUUGACCUAAUGGAUCUGAGAUAAAACCUUUUUUGCAAAGUGUCAGUACUCCGUGUAUGCUGCUAAAAUGAAGUUAAGUUUAGAAAGAAGUGUUACCUCCAGAGUGUGCUUAUAUUAAUCUGGGUAUAAAUGAAGGAGACAUACUAAUGAUAGAAUUCCCCUGCUUCUAAUUGGGGAAAUAGGGCUUUUAAAAUUUUAACCUCAACUAAAAAUGAUAUGCAAUAGUCUAUGUUAUAUGUGUUUGAAAAAUAUUCUAUUCUCAGAGAUUUCUGAGUCCUCAUGUUCUAGUGAUUUGGGGCAUAGGCUUACAAGCAGAUACACAGUUUGUUCACAUGUUAUUCUGACUCAUCAAUAAAACCAAGUCCCUGCUGUCUUCUACCAGGGACUGCUAGCUCCAGUUACCCAUGGAAUAGAGCACCUGGAAGGGCUAGGGGUCAGGAAGACUCUGGAUCCUAGGCAUUUGUCUUUCCUUAAGCGCCCAUCACAGUGGAAGGUUGAAGGGCUAUUAUUUCUGCAGUGAACCCAAACUUCUGGAGUAAAAAGGCCAACUCUGUUUUUUAAACUAUAAGAAGAAAGAAAGAGAAGUCUCAAGAGUCUGUUACUUAUGAAAUCCAAUUCUUAGCAAUGGAAUCCCUCUAGAAUUCAAAUGUGGACUUUGUCUUGAUUUGCUUUUCUCUAUUGUGCUUUGAAGUGAUUAAGUUUCAUUAACAAUUAAAUUUUUUAUUAGUUCCAACAUUAGUUGAACUAAUUGCAUUGUAGCACAGUGCUUUCGCAGUAAGAUUGCUGUGAAAUGCCACUCUGUGGAUUUUGUAGUCAAGUUAAAUGGUCAAGGGAUACCUACCUACCAUAAGUAUUAUAUUAUGUAUUUGAUCAUCUUCUUUUCUGUUCCCAUCCACAGAACGCUUACCUUACCUAGGCUGUGGUUUUAGAACAGCCAAAGCUCACUGAUGUCCAUUAGUCCUAAUCUCCACACUGGGCCGCAUAUGUGAGACUUGUUUGAAUUUUGAUAAAUUGAAGGAUGCUUGUUGUUAUUUCACUGAAGCAUUUUGAAUGAAUGCAGCUCUGUCAUAGAGGGGGAAUAAGACUAUAAUUUGGAAGAGAAUUAAAUAUGUGAGUCCUCCUUUAAAGGGUGCUUUUUGUAACCUUUAGUGCUGAGGUACGGGGCUGCUUUUUGGUAUUCCACAAGGGAUUGGCAUGCAAGAAUAGAUUUUAAAGUUUUUCCCCAAAUGUAAUUUGUCACUGGCCUUUGACAUGUCUGAAAAUUAUGUGAUGUUACAUAUACAGAAAUGUGAGGUUUUUCCCAUAAAACUGUUGAAUAAAAGUAUUAUACAG